AAGUAACAGUAUCUGUAACUAAAAUACGGUACAUUUUCAAGCAGCCAUUGGAGGGUGAAUGUGGAGAGUUAGCCCAAAGUACGAUGUUUCCUCAUGUGGGUGAUUUCAGCCUCACAAUGUUGUCUGGCUUUCUCUCUCGAUUUAUCUCUGCGAUGAGGAAGGCGUUGUAGUUGGACUACACACUCGUGGUCACCGAAAGAUGCGGUCAGUCUUCUUUAGGGUUCCACAUUAUUUUGCAUUUUAGUUGAUUAUCGACAGGACUGCUGUCCAUCGGAAGGGACGUGUCGUUAGUUUUUGCCUCCGUCGUGGCCACACGAGUGUGCAUAUCAACAACACUGCUGCUUUUCUACGCGAAGUCUUUUUCCGAGAUCCCGUUCAGAAGAACUACAUCGCCUUGUGUUUGUGUGCCUCACCCUUUCAGUUGUGUGCGGAUCACGAGGAGUUUGUUUAAUUUAUUGGCCUAAUUUUAAACAGAACAUUUCCACCUUAGAAUCGGCGCCGUCUUUCUGUAUUGUGUGAUCACCUAAUUGUUCAUCAGGCUCGGUCCGGCGAGUGUACUAUAGACAGAGUUUAAGCAAGAGGGCAUUUAUUUUUUAUCUCGCGGAUAAUACGUUUUAUUCUGUUAUUAUGGGGGGAAAUCGGCGGUCUCCAUACGACAUUUGGUUUCAAUCCCGCAUCCUGUAUCCUUGUAUCGUCUCCUUUGUGUGUGUGAGCUCUGAGCUGCGCUGCCGACACACCGGGAGAGAGUGGGCUCAGGUUGGAUUUCUCUGCCCUGCCUUUUACAUUUCUGUCCUGCAGACCAUAUCAGAAAGCGAGAAGAGAUUCCCUUCACCCCAGCAGAUUGACUAAUGUGGUUAGUCUAAAGCUUAAUUUAGCAAUCUCAAAUGAGGUAUAUCACAGAAGUAACGAGCUUUUUGGUCAGUAGAGCACCGAAACCGGCGGCGAUGAGAGCUCGCGUGGGCCGAUAAACUUUACUAACAGAUCCACUGCUGUCCGUUAGCCAGCCUCGCUUGACCUCGGCGCACCGGACAGACAGAGGGACAGACAGACUUGUGUGUGGGACCAGUUUUUAAACUGAGAGUUCGCGUUUUCCCAGGCAUUUUACACAUCUCAGUAAUUUAAAGAAAUUCAUGUACAUCUUCGACACACUUAAAGGAAUGCUGUGUUAAGAAAUUAAAAAACGCCUAUGCAGGUGGAUCCCUCACCAAUGAAUGUAGGGGAUGGAGGCACGUUGAGCAAAGAGAGCAGUGCCCUUACACAGCUGUCAGAGAGCAUGGUGGGGAAUCCACAGCAGACACUGCCUCCUGAACUCAGAGGAGACGUGCCUCACGGUCAGCAGAACAAACUGAGGACAUCUACAGACUGCAAAAUGCCUGGUGUCUGCUCUGAUGCCAGCAAGGCUAGCAAGACCAGCAAUUCAAACCAUUGUUCUGAAGUCCCUUCUCCCCAGCUUCGCAACAAUGCUCCUGUGUUCAGCACUGAUUCUUUUAGCACGCCAUUACCCGAUAGAACAGAAGUUCCUAAAGCCCAGGCUGAAGGUGCUGCUGACUGCCCGACUCAGCACUGGCCUUGUGGUAAAAAGGUUGGCUCAGAAGACUUGAAGAGCUUGGUUCAUAAUAAUGUGACUCAAAAUAAAAAAGCUCCUCAGAGCACUGGGCCUUCCCAACCUGUUAUCAGCCUUUCCCCAGGAUUUCAAUGUUCAACCAUCUUUAAACCAGGCCAACCUGUUGCUUUCCUUCCAUCUGCAAAUUUUGCUUCUUCUCUUUGUAAGAUCACCUUGCCUCCAGGAUUGGGCCAGAUUGCCGCUCUAAGAGAAGCCACAGCUAGUCAGUUUCAAAAGGACUGUCCAGUGCCCUGUUCUGGCUCAAGUAUGACUCCAAGGCUCAAAACGUACCCUUAUCAGUUUUCUGUAGGUCGAGGUGUUGCUGAGAAGAAACCACUGUCAUCAGCAUCUAAAGGAAGAUGUGACCAUGGCUCUAAUGCAAAGGGCUGCAAAGGUGUAGGAGAGCACAAAUCAACAAUUUCCUCUGCUGUUAGCCCCACUAUUGCUCUCCCAGCGCAACAGGCCACACAAGCCUCAGCCCCACUGACUCAUUAUACUAUCUCUCCCACUGCUGCCAUCUGCUGUAGCUCAGCACUGGCCAACAUUACCACUCAGAGCAGGCUUCUAAGCCUUGUAGAGAAAUGUCCACCAUAUAGAGGAAUCGAAAAGAAUUCUGUGGCAUAUUUAAAGCCAAAGACUGUAUCGUCUACUGAGGAACAUAAUGCUCUGUGUUCUCCAGAAGCCAGAGAUGUACCUCUUGACCUAUCUUCAAAAUCCAAACGCCAGAAAAGCAUUAAGGAUGCUCAAAACAGCCCGACUGCCACAACUGAGCAAUGCUUAUUUGAGCCUCAUCAAAAGAAUUCCCAUGCCUCCAAAAGACCUCAGACUUCCUCUUUUGGUUCAGUUUCUAAUUAUGCUCUUCUACCAGAUACCCAACGAAAUGGCUCAGCCCAGAGAUCCACCUCAAAACUCAGCAAUCACAAUUUGGAACCCAGUGCAUCAUGGGACAAAGGCUCAUCUCAAGGUUCCUUAAACAACCUCCCAGGAACAUAUGUAGGAGUAGCAAGCCCUAUACUAGCCUCCACCUUGCGAAGCAAGGAUGGAAAAAGUGCUGCUUUUGUCGAAGACGUACAGAUAUUUGCUAAGCAAGAGACUAUUUCAAUUAUUGAUCAAGGUGAACAGUUAGCCUCAAGAGGCAAGAAGACACCUUUGACAGUUAAAGGUGAUGGGCAAAAUAAAGGUGGUAAGAAUACUUCUGCUAGUAGUACCACCCCUGCAAUGCAGGAGAUUUCAUCCAAGCCACUAUUUACUUCUUCAAACUCGCAAUCACCUAGGACUUUGGGUGGAAAAGCAGGGAUUCCAUUUACACCUCCAGGUAAACCAUUGUGGCACCAACCACUUUUUCAGGGGAUGUCUUUGCAGAAGCAUCCAGCUCAGAGCCAAGCCCCUUCUAAGGUCAAAGGCAGCCCGAGUUGCGAUGGCCCCUUGUUUCAUAAAUGUGAACUAAGCCCCACUAAUUUAAAGAAAGAAAAAUGGGAGAAAACCCAUUCCCCCUUAUCCAACUUGGAGUCAAUAGUAAAACAGAAAGCUCUUGAGACUACUGCACUGACUGGUGAAACCUACUGCAAUAUAUCAUCUGUGGGAUCCAGGAAGCCUGAGGUGGCCAACUUGCACAGCAGGUCUCAGAACCCUCCAGUGCAGCAAACUGUGGCCACUGGCUUUACACCCUGUGGAACAUCAGAGCUCCAAGACACUAAGGCAGGUAGCAAUUCCCCGUUUACAGAUGCAACAGUGGACAACAGGCAGGAGGCCACAAUUGUGUUUGUGCCCAAAGAGAAGUGCCAUGACAAACAAGCAAAGCAAACUGAAAAUAUUACAAGCCAAAAAUCAGAGCUCAGUACUCCUAAGAAAAGAUGUGCAUCCAGUAAUAAAGCUGGCAAGAAGGACAGUAUGCUGGCUUCAAAUCCUGAGGAGAGAACAAGAGAAGACCCUGUAGUACAAAGAGAACUUGCACCUAAUUCAAAUCUGGAGAGCAUAUCCUUUCCUCAGCACCAGAAUACAACAGAAGCAGAAGAAGAGAAAAAAAUUAAUGGUGGUAAAAAUGAUAGUGUUUUUAAAGGAAAAGUACCUGUCACCAAACAGAAGAAACCAAGGAAGAAAGAGAAGACCUCUCCUGAAACAUUAAAAAAGGCUGCAAUUCCUAAGAAAAAAUCUCGGAUGAAGGAUAGUUCAACAGUCGUUCCUAACUCUAAAAAAAAGAGGGGUGGUACAUCUACAGCAGAGGAGAGCUCACUGAAGGAGAGCCCACAGAAGCAGAGCUCACUGAAGGAGAGCCCACAGAAGCAGAGCUCACUGAAGGAGAACCCAUGCCCAGUCCCUGAAGUUGGGGCUAAGAAUCACAAAGGAAAGUGUACUCCAGUUAAAACAUCGCAACCUCCCUGUAGCAAACCUGAUUUUGAAAACAGUCCUGCGAGAAGUGUGCAGGUGGACCCUGCCUCCCUCACUAAGACUGAUCAGCCCUGUAAGGAAUCUAACUUGAAGCAAGUGUCCUCUCCAAGGCCGAAACGAGGGCGCCGACGCACUGAUGAUGCUUUGCUGCGAGAUUGGAGCUUUGCUUCUCCACCUACUCCUCCUCCUCCCCCAGAAUCCCCUUCUUCCCCGCUUGUGCCAAGUCCUGUUUUCCCACUCAGACGACCUCGGGGCAGGCCUCGUCUUAAUCCACUGCCUGAAGGUGGGGACACCGACAACAUUAGACCUGCUCAGGUGGCAGAGAGAGGAGACCAGGCCUCUGCAAAAAAGAGAAAGCGAUGCAGGAACCGCAAGUACCAGAAUGGGGAGUACAUUACAGAUAAGGAAAAGGAAGCCAACAGGGAGAAUGAGAAGUUUAUGGAUGGAAAAAAUGAAGAAACAGAUGCGGACCCUCCUCUUACUCCUCUUACUGCCACUUUGCCAUGUGAUGAUCCCAAUCCUGACCACAACCCCAAGAAGUCCCUGAACACCCGCUCAGGGACCAUGCGUCUUCAGGAGAGUCCAUCCACCCCUGAAUUUAUUGACAAACCUCCAGGAAAGAGAAAGUUUAAAAGCAAGCACUUGUGUGAUGCUGAAGAACAGAAAAAGCUUAAGAUCAAACGAGGCCUUGCAGGGAAGCGCUCCACAUGCAUCUCCACAGAUGAGGACAGUCCUGUGGCCAAAAAACCUUCCACUCCUUUCUCUGCCCCAAAGGAAUCGUCAUCUCCUUUUCCUAAGAAGAAAGGUCCUGGAAAGGGCGGGAUUCCAGAAUCCACACCAAGCCGUCCUGUACCUCCAGAGGUUCGCCGAUUGAUUGUGAACAAAAAUGCAGGGGAGACUCUUUUACAAAGAGCUGCUAGGCUGGGAUACCAGGAAGUGGUGCUAUAUUGCCUGGAGAAGGAUGUGAGAGAGGUGAACCGCCGGGACAAUGCUGGCUACACAGCACUGCACGAGGCAUGUGCUCGUGGUUGGACGCACAUCGUGCAGGUGCUGCUGAAACAUGGCGCUGAUGUCAACUGUAGCGCACAAGAUGGGACACGCCCCAUUCAUGAUGCGGUUGCAGCUGAUAGCCUGCCAGCAGUGUGGAUGCUGUUAAACCACGGUGCAGAUCCAACUCUGGCCACCUACUCUGGCCAAACAGCUGUUAAACUGGCCCAAAGUCCCAGCAUGAAAACCUUCCUCAAAGAGUACUUCACUGACCUAGAAGGACGCCCUGAUCAGGACCCAAGUCUACAGUGGGAUUUUUACAGCAGCUCAGUGUUUGAGAAGGAUCAGGAGGCCUGUUGGGACUUCCUGCUGUCUCAGCCUGAAGAGGAAGACAAGGAAGAAUGGAGAGAUCAGGGAAAGGAAAAGGACAUUGAUUGCCUUUUAUUCGAGUUCUCCUCUGAACCCCUAUUACCCUGCUACCAUGUUCAAGUAUCACUAACACAGGGUUUUUGCAAUUGGUUUCUGCUGAUGGAUGUGUUGAAGCGCCUGAAGGUCUCAGCUCGCAUCUUUCGGGCAAGGUAUCCUCAGUUUGAGGUGGUGAGCCUCACAAGGGCCGAACUUUGGAGGCAGGUGAGCGUUAGUCAGACGUGCAUUGCCCCAGAUGAUCUGCGACCCGUUGAUGAGGAGGAGGAAGAAGAGACAGUCGAGCUGGUGCGAUGCAUACCAGAGUUACAGGGACUGCUAGGCUCAUCCAUCCAGCUGCUACAAGAAGACGACAAUGAUGAUGAGAGGUCAGAGGUCAGAGAUAGCCUCUGCAACCGAUAGCGACGUCCUGAGAUGAGUGAGUAGCUGUUCACAGGCACUUGCGCCUCUUUAUUUACUGGUAGAUGCACUGCUACUAAAACCAGCACUUUGUAUGUACACAAAAUGGCUCA